GUGAAUUUCGGAACGCAGCUCAAAUCGUGCGCUUGACAUUUUUAUCUACACGACUCUAUUAUCCAAAGCGCGAAGAGAGCCAUUUGACAACGCACGUUCGACUUUGCGAAUGCGAGAAAAACGGCGAGAGAGAGUAUCUUCUUUACUUAUCAUCGUCGUGGUACCGGCGGACAAGUUUCGGGCUACCAAAUCGUUGUAUCGAUUACACAGAGCGGUCGACUCCUUGAAAGCCUGUCCUACUCGUUCGUGCUGUGAUGUACAGUGUACUUGGUAAGGUUAUGUUGUCUUCCCGUUACCCCAGCAGCCUCACACCGCGCAAUCCUCGGCAUUCACGGUGAUUGCUCGGUGUGAGGUGAGCGCAGGCAAGACAAAAGGACAAAGAAUUGCAACGUGCAAUUCUCGCGCGGGAUCGGUGCCAGUGCGUCGCGACGUUUGUGAUAACACGAAAGAAGCGGGUAAAAAUGGAGCGCGCUACACUCCCGACAUACUCGUCGAUCGUAUGUGCAAGCUGCCGCAGUGGUCUCGGGCUCAAAACGGAGCUCGCUAUGAGGAGAUAAUAUGUGUCGAAUGUUGUUGUUGUUUCGCGUGGGCUUCCGCAGUGCUGACCGCUACGGCGCGGACCAAUGUCUUGUAGAGGACGAGGAGGAGAAGAAGGAAGGCGAAGAGUCGUUUCCGCAGCACUCUCUGCCUCUGCUGUUGCUGUCGCCGCUGCCACUUGUAUGUCGAAACGACACAACACUCGAGAACGCGUCGAUUAUUGUGGACUCCAGAAUCUCGAGAACGAACUCGAGAAAUGUCUGUCACCGUCUUGCGAAGAUUUUGUCUCUGCGAACAAUAAUACGACAAAGGACGGAGAGGAGGAAGAGGAGGAGGAAGCGGAGGAGGAGGAGGAGGAAGAGGUGAUGGUGGUCGCCGCGGCGACGACGGUGGCGGCGGAGGAAGAGAAAGUCGAACCGAUAGUAGCGGUGGUGGUCGGCGAGAGAGAUGAACAAAACGUCAGAACAGGUGAGAUCUCGAUAGUAGCUGAUGAUUGUCAAAAUGCGAGAGAGACGACUGAAGCGAACAGUAGGAGCAGCUGCGUCGUCGAGACUAGUUCUGUAGUGGAUAAGUUCUCGGUUGAUUUUGAGAAAUGGUUCAAGACGCGCGCAGAACCGGCGAGCAUGGACUUGGAUGCCAAGGUUGCGGAAGAUGUGGAUCGGUACUUGAGCGCGGAAGAAGCAUUGUCGCCACACGUUUUUUUGGGCAAGGAUCCUUACGGGUUGUCGAUCGACAUUGAUCUGGCCAAGAAGACUGACCUCAACCUGCCCGAUCCGAUGCUGCAGGACGAGUUGCCGAACGAGAAAGUAGACGAGUAUAUAUUGUCGGAAUUCCAGCUGUACCAUCUGGACCCAUUGACGUUGUCGUCUGACGACAUGAUGGUAGCUGGCGAGAUCUUGCCGUCCAUUAGCAGUCAGUCAGCAUUGAACGCGGAGCAGAAGAACGUUGUCUUGCAGACAGGGUUGCGAAGCGGUGACGAGACAAUCAAUGGGAAAUCCGUUCAAGCUGCUGUUAACGAGUCGCGCGUCACAGAUACGAAAGAUAGAGCAGGAAAGACAAAGAGCGAGAAUAAAGUGAAGGCAAUGAAAGAUCGCGGUGAGCAGCUGGCUGCUGUAGCGCAGCCUUCAGUAAACAGCGCGAACCUCGUUACGGGAGUUGUAGUGCCGAUUGUAGCGGCAAACUCGUCGAAUGCUAUGGUACAAAUGCAGAGGCAAGGUAUCUCUAGUGCAGGAAUAUCAGGUGCGAUAAUGGAGCAACUAAAACUGAAAGCUCGAGUGAAACUCGAGCCACGUAUCAUCAAAAAGCGGCGGAAGAUCCAGUCGGAACGAUUGGAGAAACGACUGGACAGGCAUGGCCUGUUCAAUAACGGCAAAACUUUCGUCCGUGACGAGGGAGCCGGUGUUCAGCAGAACGACAUGAUGGCCAUGGUCGCCAUAUCGACCGACAAGACCUCCAACAUGACGCAAAUCGUCAUCAGUACCGGCACGGAGCGGCAGGUCUAUCAGGGCAAGACGUCGGAGUUGAUCGAAGCCACCGGCAAUUUUCCGAUGCUGCCCAAGAUUGACACCUCCGUCAUGGUCUGGAACGGUAUGUCGAACGUUGAGUGUAAUGGUCACGACGGUAGUAAUCCAGGUAUUAGUCAGUACGAGAUCGUGAUAUCCAAAGCCCUGGAGGAGCUGGGCAUCACUGAUGACAGUCUGCAACCUGUAUGUCUCACCGAGCACGACAAAGUGUGGUUCUGUCCACAAGACGAUUGCAACAGACAAUUUGGCAGGCUUUAUACCCUGAAGGGCCAUUUGCUGGCCCACUACGGGGUCAGGCCGUUCAAGUGCGACCACGAGGGUUGCACCUGGGCCUUUUACUCCGAGUUCAAGCUGAAGCGGCACAAGGAGACACAUCUGAAACGUAAGGAUCACGUGUGCGAGGUGGAAGGUUGCAAUCGCAGAUUCACCACGAUUUACAACCUGUGGAGCCACGCAAAACUGCAUAGUCGUCCGAAUCGGAUCGUUUGUCAUGUCCCCGAUUGCGACGAGAAAUUUCAGACCAAAAGGGCGUUAGAGUUGCACAUGAAGUCGCACGAUCAGCGUCACGCGCCGUACGUGUGUCAAUACGAGGGCUGCGGUAAACGGUACUACAGUAACAAUGCGUUAACAUCUCAUCAACGUUCGCACAGUUACAAGGAAAUGGACGUCAAGUGCUCAUGGCCCGGCUGCGGCAAAGUGUUCGACAAACCAUGCCGUUUGAAAGCCCACACGCGUUCUCACACCGGCUGCAAGCCUUAUCAUUGUACCUAUCAGGACUGCAAGUGGUCCUUCUCGUCGUCCAGUAAGCUCAAGCGACAUCAGAAAAAGCACACAAACGAGCGCAAGUUUGUUUGUGAUGUGUCUGGCUGUGGCAAGGCCUUCAUGCGCUCCGAACACCUAAAAGAACACCGGCUGACGCACACGGACGGCCGUUACUUUCAUUGCUUCGUCUGUGAUGCACGCUUCUCUGCCAAGAGCAGCCUGUAUGUGCAUAUUAAGAAGCACCAAGUCAAGACGGACAAGCCGACUAAGAUAGGUGACAAUAUGUUGUUGAAUGACGCUGCGAAUGAGCAGAAACACGCAAAGACGAAAGAGUUUUAUUGCUCGCGAGUGAAGCUAAUUGAGUCGUCGAGUCGAGAUUCCAUGGAACUAGUUCGAACGGAGGAGGAGAAAGACACAAGCAACGCGACAUCGCAAAACGACGCUGAGUAUAAAUCGGAUCAGAUACGACACGAGCUCGAUUACGCUCGCGAUCACGAUCCAACGAAUAUUCUCCAUACAAAAAAAUUACGUAACACAACAGCGUAUUGCUGUCCAAUCGAAAUGUGCGCGUAUUUGUACACAAAUGAAGUGAGUCUACGUCAGCACGCGCUCAAAGUUCACGGUGUUGUGAUCGUGCAGUGCGACAAUAAGGAAGACUCACUGAAGAAGGGUCCGUUGAACGCAAACUACGUUACUCAUACAUUACCACUACGUACAUUACCACCGCCACCAUCACCGCCAUCGCCACCGCUAUCGCCACCACUACCGCCACCGCCACCGCCACCGCCACCGCCACUGCCACCGCCACCGCCACCGCCACCGCCAUCAUCACCGUCAUCGUCACCGCUAUUGCCAUCGUUACCGCCACUGACGUCGUCGUCGUCGCCAUCGCCAUCGCCGUUGCCGCCGUCGUCGUCAUUAUCAUUAUUAUCGUCGCCUCUGCUGUCAUCACCGUUAUCGUCAUCAUUACCAUCACCACCAUUAUCAUCGCCGUCGUCGUCGCCGUCGCCGUCGUCGUCGCCGUCGCCGUCGUCGUCGUCGUCGUCGUCGUCGUUGUCGUCGUCGUUAUCGUCAUCAUUAUCAUCAUCAUCAUUGUUGUCGUCAUUGUCGUCGAGGUCGUCCGUUGUGAUGACCGCCACCGAGCAAAAAGGCACAGUGACGAUGACAAAUAGCGACGCGCGUGUCGUUGAUUCCAGCGCUUCAUUACUACCGACAACAACAGCGAGUUGUUUACUAAGGCCGGAGCUACCAAUGUCCUUGAACAACGCAACUUUAUCAAAAAGCAGCACGAAAUCGACGAAUAUGAAUAAACAACGAGGCGUUUAUAAAGUACCCAUUGCAAAUAAGUGCGAAAAUCAUGGUUCGGCGCGCACCAACUUCACGUUGUCGGACGUCCGUCGGCUGAAGAUAGACGACACGCAGACAGUUCUGGUGGAUUGCUCGGUCGCGACGUCUUACGUGACUACAUCUUCGUCGUCCAUGUCCGUCUCGUCAACGACGGAUGUGAUUACCUUGAGCGCGAAUAAUCUGUGCGAAAACUUGUUGCUCAUGGAGGAAUUACCAUCGAUAUAUUAUCAGGACGAUGUAGUGACAGCGGGCACCGAGUAUCAGGUGUUGUUAUUCGACUCCAGUCCGCUCGAAAAUAUAGGUAACUUGCGCACUUGCGAAUAAAAUUUACUCUCCCGAGUGAUGGAAAGGUUUUUCCUUUCAGUGAUAAUACGGUGUCACUACGACGAUCAUAAUUGUAGUCUCGAACAAUCGUCGUGUCUCACAGCUGUUGUUACUUUGUAAGCGUAGCGUAUACACACGCUAAACACGGUCUGUGAUCCAGGAGCUGGCUUCGGCCUGACAUUCAUUUGUACCAUAAAAUGUAUAGUCUCGCAUUAAAAUCGUUAUUUUAUUAAUAAA